AUGGACUUCAUCGACCCUAUACUAUCCCUUGCCUCUGCCAUCUACAACCUGGUUGAGAACGUCAAGGCCAACAAGAAGCGCUGUCGUCGCGUGGCCGAGCGGGUGAAAGCUCUGGAGUCUCUGGUGCAGUCGGCCAAAAAGAGAAAAACCGUUCUCAAAUCGGACGAGGUGGAAAAAGCUCUUCAGGAGUUGAGCAUCACUUUGACGUCUGCCCGGGACCUGAUCCAGCGCUACACCGAGGCCAGUUGGGUCCUGCGUGUGGUCAAGUCCGGCAGCCACUUGGAUGGAUUUAUCACGGUGAACGAGCGGCUGAACGAUGCCUUCCAAGUCCUGUCGGGGGCGCUGCAGGUGGAGCACGGCGGCAUGCUCUACCAGGUGUUCGAGAUGAGCAACAGGCAGAAGCUGGAUGAGGUCGACUCUCGGGACGAUGACACGGAGCUCAAGAAAUUGCUACUGGACUAUGUGGAAAAGCAGCAAGAAACAAUGGAUGCCAUGCUGCGUGAAUUUGAAGAUGUAAAACUAAAUGUGACCAAGAUGGUGGAAAUGUUGAACAAACCCAGUGCCCCAAAUGAAGUAAUCCGUAUGAUCAAACCAGAGGAGCUGAAGUACGAUUUCCCUCAAAAGCCGUUCAUGGUGACCUCGUCCUCUGAGGUUUACAAAGGGGAGUACCACGGCUUCACUGUGGCCAUCAAACGCUUCAUUGACCAGGCGGACACCAGCGUCAGUGAGAUCAACAAAGUUUUUACGAAGGAGGUUCAAACCAUGAGACAUUAUGAAUCCCCUUACAUCCUUCGAAUGUUUGGCAUCUGCGUCAGGAAUGAAGAAGGUCCAAACCCAGAGUACCUCAUCAUCAUGGAGUACUGUGAGAAGGGAAAUCUCCGGGAGGUGCUGGACUCGGCCUCUGACUGUAAAUUGACGUGGGUCAGGAAGGCUCGCAUGUGUUUGGAUGCGGCUCAGGGGCUAUACAGGUUACAUCAAUCUGAGGAAAAAUCCAAAGUCCACGGAUGCAUCAACAGCCGCAAGUUUCUCGUGGCAGAAGGCUAUAGAGUGAAGUUAGGAGGCUUUGAACUCACCAGAACUGAGACGUCACUGAAAAAGGGAAGAAGAGACGGAGAGAUCCGCUCUCUGUGCUACACUCCUCCUCAAAUGCUCAACAGCAUCGACUACCAGUACAGCAAAGAGUGCGAGAUCUACAGUUUCGGCAUUGUGAUGUGGGAAAUAGCCACUCGUCGGCGUCCGUUUGAAGAUCCAUCAACCAAAGCAAAGUGGACAAAUAAAGAAAUCCUUCGGAGAGUGGGCAAAGAGAAAUACAUGGAGCCACUUCCCGAGGACUGUCCCAAAGCACUCGCGGAUCUUAUCGAUGCAUGUCGGGCCUACGAGGGUUUCCACAGACCAUCCGCUGGAGUGUUGGUGGAUAAACUACGCAGUGUGGUGGAAUCUGAAUCACGGUCUGUCCAGAGCCUACCUGAGAGUGCUGUGUCCCUGAUGAUGGCCCCAACGCGCUGGUCCAACUCGGACAUGGGUGUUGUGUCUGCUGCCCCACAUCCUCGGUCUGGAGUUGAUCUGCUGCACCGCUGUGACUCCAUGGAGGCAAUGGAGGUGGACAGUCCAGGGGUGCAGACCAGAGCAGCUGCCCAGGCUGAAGCACAGAACCCAAAUGAGCCCUAUGUGGUGACCGACUCUGGCAGCAGCACAGAGGUAGAGGAUGAGGAAGGGGGCAAUGUGAGGGUUCGGCCCCCUCCACGACUGCCUGCCACCUGGGCCUUUAGUCAGAGAGCCGCGGGCCGGGCUACAACGCCGCAGAUACGGCGGCGGAUAAGACAGGGCCUGCGAGUGCAUUACCCCAGUCAAACUGCUUCGCCUUCCAGAGAUUUCCCCGACUUCCUGCUUCGAGCUCCGGCUGCUAACGCAGUAGAGCCAGAGUCCAGCAGCAGCAGCACAGAGACCAGUGACUCCGACGAGGAAGACUCCACCGACCAAGCCCCCCCUGCUGCCCCUGUGAUGGACCAACCGGCUCCCCCUGCCACCCCCCACACGAGCGGGACAGUCCCACAGCUGCAAGCACAAGACCUAAGCUCCAUUUCCGCUCCAAGCACAGAGAGGACUGCUGCUCCAAGUCAAGGUGCCCAGGCAGCCCCACCCCCAGCCCUGACCCCAUCCCCACCCACUGAGCCUGAGGGAGAGGGGGACACCUGCACCAUCUGCUUUGAGCCCUGGACCACGGCCGGGGAGCACAGACCCUCCGCCCUGCGCUGCGGACAUCUCUUUGGCUUCACCUGCAUCCAGAGGUGGAUCAAAUCAGCCGGUACAUCCGCUAAGUGUCCACAGUGCAACAAAAAAACCAAGCGGUCCGACAUAGUGAAACUGUAUGUAACAAAACUGAGAGCUCUUGACAACUCUGAGCAGGAGAGUUUGAAGCGAGCGUUGGAACAUGAGCAGUCUCUCCGGAGGAAAGCUGAACUGGAGUCGGCUCAAGAUAAGCUCAGACUUCAGGUGGUCACCAACCAGUGCGGGCAGAUGCAGAAGGAACUACAGGAGUUGAGAUCUUUGAUGUCACAAACUGGUCGAAGCUCGGUACCCUCAGCCUCCUCCUCCUCUUCCUCUUCUUCCUCCUGGAAUCACCUUGCCUCGCAAAGAGCAGACGGCUCCAAAGCGGGCCAGUACAGUUUCUCCAAAGCCGUGUUGAUGUCCCAAACGGGCGGCUGUCGGGUUCUGGCCUAUUGUGAGCCUCUGAGCUGCCUCCUGGCCUCCCAGCCCUCGCCUCACGCCACUCUGGUCCCAGGUUGCGGGGUGAAGAAGAUGAGCGUGGUGAACAUAAAAGCCAGUCAGUACGUCCCCAUCCACAGCAAACAGAUCAGAGGCCUGUCCUUCAACAAGCAGAACGACAGUCUGCUGCUGUCCGCCGCUCUGGACAACACCAUCAAACUCACCAGCCUGCUGACCAACACAGUGGUGCAGACGUACAAUGCGGGGCGGCCGGUGUGGAGCUGCUGCUGGUGUCUGGACAACAGCAACUAUGUGUACGCUGGCCUAAUCAACGGCUCUGUGCUGGUCUACGACACCAGAGACACCAGCACACACAUCCAGGAGCUGCUGCCACUCCGAUCCAGGUGUCCCGUGGCGUCCCUGUGCUACGUGCCACGCGCCGCUUCCAGCGCCUUCCCCUGCGGCGGGCUCAUCGCUGGCUCUCUGGAGGGGGGCUGUUUUUGGGAGCAGGUGAACGAGACCACCUACAGACCCCACCUGCUGCCCCUGGAGAACUCCGGCUGCACGGACAUCCAGGUGGAGCCGGAGAGCAGGCACUGUCUGGUCACCUACCGGCCAGGGCGCUCGAACCCCUCCCUCCGCUGUGUCCUCAUGGCCCUAAACCGGACGCCCCAGCAGGACUCCAGCGAGGCCCCGGUCUGCUCCUGCUCCCCGGUCCAGACCUUCUAUGCCGGGACGUCCUGUAAGUUGCUCACCAAGAACUCGGUCUUCAGAAGUCCAGAGGGAUCAGGGACUCUGGUCUGUGCUGGAGAUGAGGCCUCCAACUCAACCAUGGUCUGGAACGCAAGCACCGGCAACCUGCUGCAGAAGCUGCCCGCUGACCUGCCCGUCCUGGACAUCAGCCCUUUCGCUGUGAACGGAGAGCACUACCUGGCCUCGCUCACGGAGAAGAUGCUCAAGUUGUACAAGUGGGAGUGA